AUGGCCCAGGUCCAGAACAGCGAGAAGCCAGCGCUGGCCGACGACAGAGCGCCUUCGUCCGUCGACAUGACGGGCAAGGAGGAGAGCGUACAGCCUGUCGUGCUCGACGCACAGGUCUCCUACACGCCCGAGGAGGAGAAGGCCGUCCUCCGCAAGAUUGACUUUGUCGUCUUGCCAUUUAUGUGCUUCGUCUUCCUUCUGCAAUACCUCGACAAGCAGUCCCUCUCGUACGCCGGCGUCUUUGGCCUCAUCCAGGACCUCGACCUCACCGCCUCGCAGUACUCGUGGUGCAGCUCCAUCUUCUACGUCGGCCAGCUCGUCUCCGAGUACCCCUUCAUCUACCUCAUGUCCCGCCUGCCCCUGACCAAGUUUGUCGGCGGCACAGUCAUCAUCUGGGGCAUCAUCUGCAUGUGUCUCGCCGCGCCCAAAUCCUACGCCUCCUUCGCGGCCGUCCGCUUCCUGCUCGGCUUCGCCGAGGGCGCCGUGUCCCCGGCCUUUGUCACUAUCACGUCAAUCUGGUGGCGCAAGGACGAGCACGCGCUGCGCACCGCCCUAUGGGUGACCAUGAACGGCGUCGCCCAGGUCCUGGGCUGCCUGCUCAUGUACGGCAUCGGCAAGAACACGGCCCUCGGCCUCGCUCCCUGGCGUGUCCUCUUCCUCGUCUGCGGCGCCCUCACCGCCGCCUCGGGCGUCGCCUUUUUUCUGCUCAUGCCCGGCGGGCCCCGGGACGCCUGGUUCCUCAGCCCCCGCGAGAAGGAGGUGCUCUCUGCCCGCAUGGCCCAGGACCGCGAGGGCGGCGACAAGACGUCCUUCUCCCUCGACCAGCUGCGCGAGACCAUGCUCGACCCCAAGGCCUGGAUGGUCUUUUGGUUCGGCGUCCUCGUCACCAUGCAGAGCCCCGUCCUGACCUUUGCCUCGCUCAUGAUCAACGCCAUCGGCUACGACCAGCUCGACACCAUGCUCUUCACCGCGCCCUCGGGCGCCGUCCAGGUCGCCAUGCUCUGGGUCGGCGUCCUGCUCUGCUGGCUCUUCCCCCGGAACAGGACCCUCGUCGUCAUGGCCCUCGUCAUCCCCCCCGUCGUCGGCAACGUCCUGCUCAUCAAGCUGCCCCUCGACUCGCACUGGGGCAUCAUCGUCUCCGCCUGGCUCGCCUCCUGCAUCACCUCGGUCAUGUCCAUCCUCCUCUCACUGUCCGCCUCCAACGUAAAGGGCAACACCAAGCGCGCCGUCGUCAACACCAUGUUCUUCAUCGGCUACUGCGCCGGCUGCAUCGGCUCCCCCCAGCUGUGGACCAACAAGCCCCGCUACACAGAGGGCGUCAUCACCGCCCUCGUCACCUGGGGCCUCCUCUUCUGCUCCAUGAUCCUGUACAGAUGGCUCUGCGUCGCGGACAACAAGAGACGGGAUGCCAGGGACGUCCAAGAUGGCUUUGACGGUGCCGUCGACGGCCAAGUCGUGCUGGACAAGACGGGCCAGCCGAAGUCGGACCUGACCGACAAGGAGGAUCGCAUGUGCCGGUACAGCUGGUAA